GGCAAUAAUCAAAGAAAACAUGGCUGAGAAAUACUGGUAUAAGCCCACAUAGAGAGUGCAUAAAGAAAGCGAAUGAGAAAAGUGAAAGUUAAAGAGAAGGGUAUUCAGACAAUUGAAGCUAGUAUGUGCCCUACUUAAGGCUAUGCACAAAGUUGCUCUUCAGAGAACCUAGAGCCCAGGGUUCAGAGUCACCCAUCUUAAGAAGCCCAGCAGCAUCUGUAACAUCUACGAUGGCCUUGCCCUUUACUUUACUGAUGGCCCUGGUGGUAUGCAGCUGUUUUCUGGGCUGUGAUCUGCCUCAGACCCACAUCCUGGAUAACAGGAGGACCAUGGUCCUCCUGGCUCAAAUGAGGAGAAUCUCUCCUUUCUCCUGUCUGAAGGACAGACAUGAUUUUGAAUUUCCCCAGGAGGAGUUUGAUAACAAACCGUUCCAAAAGGCUCAGGCCAACUCCGUCCUCCAUGAGAUGAUCCAGCAGAUCUUCAACCUCUUUAGCACAAAGGACUUAUCUGCUCCUUUGGAUGAGACCCUGCUGCUUGGGAUGAGACCCCCGCUGAACUCUAGUUAUGAAUGACUAAAUAAAAAGUUUAAUUUAGACGAAUUCUACACUGAACUCUACCAGCAGCUGAAUGAUCUGGAAGCCUGUGUGAUGCAGGAGGUGGAGACAGAAGAGACUUUCCUGAUGAAUGAGGACUCCAUACUGACUGUAAGGAAAUACUUCCAGAGAAUCACUCUCUAUCGGACAGAGAAGAAAUACAGUACUUGUGCCUGGGAGGUUGUCAGAGCAGAAAUCAUGAAAUCCUUCUCUUAACAAGAAGCUUGUAAGGAAUAUUAAGGAGGAAGAAAAGAUUCUCAUUUAUGUUAUAACAGAACACGAAUUGAAUCAAAUAUGUCAGAUGUUUUCAUGAGUAUUAAACAACAUCCUGUUCAGCUAUACA